CAGAAGUGCCAAAAAGAGGUGAAAAAUAAUAUGCAAAACAAGAAUCAAACAAAAUUGGAGACGAAGAAGAUGAGUAAGUACCUAAACAGGAACUAUAAAGAGACUAGGAUGAGAUACGAAAAAAAAACAAGAAACAGUUAAAGCAAAAUAGGAACCAAAAGAGAUUAAAGAAGGGCAGCCUUGGAAAAUGAUAGUAAAGUUACAAAAAAUAGAAACAUAGGAACAAAGUUUGUAUGAAAAGGAGACAAAAAGGAUAGAACAAAAAUUGAAAAGAAGACAAAAAAGUGGAAAAGACACGAGAGAAGCGAAGGGGCAAGUGUAAGAAAUAAAGAUAAAAAGUGGACCAAAAGAAGAUAAAAUAAGGUAAAAGAAACGAAGGGGACUAAGAAACAGAAACUAGAAAUCAUGCAAAUGGACACAGAAUAUGCUAAAUAGACACGAGGAACACAAAAAGAGACGGAAAUUGUCCAAAAGGAACGAAAAACAGAAGAAAUAUAUGACACUAGAGAGGCACGAAAGAAAGACGAAGGGAAUUUGCAACAUUCACUUUUGGAAUAAUUCCCUAUAUAUUGUUAACAAUUUUCACGUACCUUUUUUAAGUUUUCUUCCCUGAAAAGUUUGCGAAGUUUAGAAUAGAAGUUCAUGAUCAUCUCCUUACAUUUGGAGCUAAAUAACUAUGGUCAAUUAAAAGAAAAUGGCAAGUCAAAGAGAAAAAAAGAAGACCACACCAAAAGUCGAAAAAGGCGAAAGAUGUGGAAGAGACCAGAGGGCAAUAGACGGACCUGAUGGAACGGUUGGACAAGCACAAGAGGAAAAGGGUAAGGAACAAAGAGCGAAAAUAGACGAAAAAGGAAUCCUACAAUGGACGAAAAGACAAUAAAGAGGUUAGGAAAGCACGACAAGUGUAACAUUGGUCGUCCCUUGAGAACCAGCGUUUAUUCGCAAGAAUGGAAGCAUAGAUAAAGAGCUGAAAAUAUUGGCGACAGUGACUAGUAGGAAGAGAAAAAAAAGAAGACAAAAAGGACCAAAAGACCGAAUGCAAUGAAAGGCUGUAAAUGGACAACAACGACCAAAGGAAUAAAAAAGCGAAAGGACGUAAAUAUAUAGAAGAUGAAUCAGAUUUGUUUAAAUUCCUAUUUUAAAAACCACCCCUAAAGAUUAGCGCCCUCAAAAACAGCACACGGGGCUAUAUCCCAGUUAGCUCACUUACAACAGAGUCCUGAAGGCUCACUAAUUCAUGACCGCAAAAUUCUUCACUGUUAAAAUAACAGUUUUAUUCAACACACAAAACGACGAUAUUGAUUUCCGUACAUAAUCGCGCACUCAAUCAGAAACGUCUCAAUUUACCAAAACGAAAAUGAUACCCCACUCGUAAAGUUUAUACACCUUUCGAACGUGAAAGUCUUUUGACGGGCUUCAGUUGUGCUACACUUAUCAUGCAUACGACAAGCAGAUUAGAAAUGGUCGAUUUGGACAAGGAAACCGUUAGCGAAAGCGAGAAUGGAUCGAGCCCAACGCUCAGCCUAAAUACGCCCUCCACCCCGAGGCAAUACAACAAAUGGUCACCGAUGGAGGAAGGCAUAACGUUGGCUUGGCGCGAUCUGAACGUCUACGCGCACUGCAAGUUGAAUGGGAAGAAGAGCUACAAGAGGAUUAUUAACGGGGCUAGUGGUGCUGUUAAAACGGGUAGUCUAGUGGCGGUAAUGGGCGCAAGUGGGAGCGGUAAAAGCACGUUGAUGUCGGCCUUGGCCUAUCGCAACCCAGGCGCCACCGUGGUCGAAGGAGAAGUUUUGGUAAACGGAAGGCCCAUCGGCGACUACAUGAGGUCUCUUAGCGGUUUCAUGCACCAAGACGAGUUUUUCGUUGGAAGUCUCACUGUGUGGGAGCACCUGAAUAUUAUGGCGCGAUUGAAGUUAGACCGAAGAACGUCCAAAAGCGAAAUGAACCUCAAAAUUGAGGAGCUGAUACGCAACUUGGGUUUGACAAAGUGCAAGUAUACGAGGAUUGGUGUCGAACACACCGAGAAGGUGCUUUCGGGUGGUGAGAAAAAGCGUUUGGCUUUCGCUACCGAAUUGCUGACGGAUCCCCAACUGUUGUUCUGUGACGAACCGACGACCGGUUUGGAUUCGUAUUGUGCUCAGAAAAUUGUGGCGAUGAUGAAUUUUAUGACAUCGAGCGGGAAAACGAUCGUGUGCACUAUACAUCAGCCUUCGUCUGAGGUUUUCGCAAUGUUCAGCCAGAUGAUUCUUUUGGCCGAUGGGCGUAUAGCAUACAUGGGGUCCAAUUCUAACGCGCUCGACUUUUUCCAAACGUUAGGCUACAAUUGUCCCAACAAUUACAACCCGGCCGACUUCUACAUACGAACCCUGGCCGUAACCCCCGGCUCCGAAGAGGCGAGCAAACAGACAAUUAGGUACAUCUGCGAUCACUUUGCAGUCAGCGAGUACAUCAAAGAAGUAGAGAUGGUGAUCCAGUACGAGUUCCACAUGGGAAGGUCUCUUCAAGCGCAAACUUUCCGCACUAAUUUCAAAGAGCAGCUGUGGUUCGUCAAACUCUUCCUGCUGAUCUAUCGCGGCCUGCUGGCGUAUUGGAGAGACACCUGGUUGCUGGCAAUCAGACUAGUCGAGAAGAUGGCGGUCGCGUUACUCAUUGGCCUCUGCUACGUCGGCGCGACCACUCACGAUCAGAAGGGAAUACAAGCAAUUCAAGGCGCCAUCUUUAUUUUAAUCUGCGAGAACACUUUCAUCCCGAUGUACUCGGUGAUGGCAGUCUUUCCUCAGGAUAGGCCUCUGUUUCUUAGGGAGUACCGGUCUGGGUUGUACUCCGUCGGGAUGUACUACUUUGCAAAGAUCGCAGCUAUGGUUCCAGGUUUGAUGCUGGAAACCUUUAUAUUUAGCCUCAUCGCCUAUUGGCUCGUGGGCUUAAGAGCGACAAGUGACAGCUUCUGGCUGACUACGUUCGUUAUUCUGCUCACCCUAAAUGUAUCACUAGCCUGUGGAAUUUUCUUCUCGAACGCUUUCGACUCCAUUCCAAGCGCUAUGAGUUUCUUGGCGCCCUUUGAUUUUUUGCUAAUGAUCGUUUCUGGAUUGUUUCUAAAAUUGAGUUCUUUACCUAACUAUAUAUCAUGGACCAAGUAUUUAUCAUGGAUCAUGUACGCCUCUGAGUCGCUAGCAAUCGUCCAGUGGGAAGGUGUGCAUAACAUAACUUGCGAAACCACUAAUGAAGACAUCCCCUGUUUAACGGAGGGCUCAGAAGUCAUGGAAAGGUACAGUUUUUCUUUCGACAACUUCAACAGGGACCUUUGGAACAUGUUUAUUAUUGGACUAAUAUUCCAUGUGCUGGCCUUUUUGUGUCUUUGUAGAAAAACCAAGAGAAAAUAG